UAACCUGCCGUUGACCGUUGACUAAUAAUUUGUUUCGUCCAUUUCAUUUCGCCGCUCGAAAAGAACAAUUAAGCGAAAGUCGCGUUUUUCUGACAGCAUUUAUUUGGCCAUCACUCAAAAAUUUACUUUCCGACUCGAAAUUGUCGUGUUCUGUUUGGAAACUAAUUGCACGAUCGUAGUUAUCAAUUCACUAAUAUGUCAGAUUGGGAUUUUUCUGAAACCGCUGCUGAACCCGCUUCCUCCUAUCCAUCCAGAGAAGGAGGUCGUGGACGAGGUAGAGGACGUGGCCGGGUUGGAUACUCAAGGAAUGACAGAAAUGAUGAUUCACAAGGCGAUAGUUGGGGAGGAGGUGGAGAAGGAGAUAAUGGUUACAAUGGAAAUGGUGAUGGCGAAAGAGAAGGUGGUGGACGUGUCCGUGGCAGAGGUGGCCGGGGAGGUGGUAGAGGAAGAUUCAAUGAUAGACAGCAGGAUGGCGGUGAUGGUGGUAACAGUUUCGGUGAUGACGAACAGCCACCAGUAUCUGACAAGCCUAGACCAACUUAUAUACCAGCUGAAAUUAAUGACGACGACAUCAGCUGUAGUAUAGACGUUGGCACCAAUUUUGACAAAUAUCAAAAUAUUGAUGUUAAAGUCAGUGGCGAUUCUGUACCAAAGCAUAUUGAGAAUUUUAAAAGUUCAGGACUACGCGAAGUGCUCAUCGAUAAUUUGACUGCUUGUAAUUAUACCACUCCUACACCCAUUCAGAAAUACGCACUACCAAUUAUAAUGAAUGGUCGAGAUAUGAUGGCUAGUGCACAGACUGGCUCAGGAAAAACUGCUGCAUUUGUUUUACCAAUAUUACACACUUUGCUUAGUGAACCAAAUGACUUAGUAUAUGAGCGAGAUUAUUGUGAACCACAGUGUGUAAUAAUGGCGCCUACCAGAGAAUUGGCUAUACAAAUCCGUGAAGUCGUUUACAAACUUGCAAAAGGUACAGUAAUUAAACAUGGACUGCUUUAUGGAGGAACUGCCACUGGUUAUCAAAAAUCUCAAAUUGUAAAUGGUGUUCAUAUUAUCGUAGCCACUCCAGGCCGCUUGAAUGAUUUUGUUGGACGAGGCAUUGUCUCAUUUAAAUCUGUUAGGUUCUUUGUAUUGGAUGAAGCCGACCGAAUGUUAGAUAUGGGUUUUAAACCAGAUAUCGAAAGAAUUUUGGAUCACGAAACUAUGGUAGACUUGAAUUCAAGACAAACUUUAUUAUUUUCUGCCACACUCGCUGAUGAUAUCCAAAUGUUAGCAAAAAAGUUUUUAAAACCAAACUAUGCUUUUGUUGCCGUUGGAGAAAUAGGUGGUGCUUGCAAAGAUGUUGUUCAAGAAAUCAGAGAAGUGUCUAAAUUUGAAAAGAAAAAAGAAUUGAUAAAAGUUUUACAAUCAUUAGGCGAUAUUUCGGGUACCAUGGUUUUUGUCGAACAAAAAAGAAAUGCAGAUUUCAUUGCUGCAUUUUUAAGCGAGAAAGACUAUCCUACCACCAGUAUUCAUGGUGAUAGGGAACAGCCUGAAAGAGAGCAAGCUUUAAGGGACUUCAAAAAUAAUAAAAUGAAAAUACUAGUGGCCACCGCGGUUGCUGCCAGAGGCUUGGAUAUUAAAGGUGUUAAUUGUGUAAUCAAUUUUGAUAUGCCUUCAACCAUUGAUGAAUAUGUACACAGAAUUGGACGUACUGGUAGAUUGGGAAAUUCUGGAAGAGCUGUAUCAUUCUAUGAUGGCAGUAGUGAUAGCGGUUUGUCUUCUGAACUGGUUCGAAUUCUUAAACAGGCUGAACAAGAAGUGCCUUCAUUUUUAUCUGGUGGCAGUUAUGGUGGUGGCAAUGACUAUGAUGGACAAUCGUCAUUCAAUGACAUCAGAUCAACGGAACCCGCGGCUGGUGGCGAUGACGGAGAUGGCUGGUAAAAAUCAACAUGCUCGCUGGAAUGAUUCAAAAGUUUACAAUUGUUAAUAGUUAUAUUUUUUACUGUUUUAUUAUUUUUAAAACUAUGAUUCAUAAUUUGUUAAAAAUUAUGAUUUUUGAUCGAUUUAAUGUUGACAAUUUGUAUUACCUUUUAUUAUUUAUGUUUAAACUAAAAAAAAAAAGAAAUGAGGUUAAAGUUUGUUUUAACCUAUUUUAUCAAGUUAAAAAAAAAAGAUAUUUAAACUAAUUUUGUUAUUGUUUUACGACCAAAGCUUAUAUGAAUAAAGUAUUGGUUUGGUUUAUUAAUUUUUCUUUUUAUUGUAUGUUAGUUUUGUAUAUCUGCAGAAGUGUCUUGGAAUAACGUUAUUAUCAGUAACUAUAGUUAUAAGUUAUAACUUGAAACAGAAUUUAUCAAUAACUAUUAUGUGCCUGUUAGUCUCAAAUGUAAUAAAUAUGGGACGAUUAUAUGACCUUUAUAUAAAUCCUUAAUUCUAACUAACAACUUUCUAGUGUGACUGUUUAAAAGUCGGCCGGCCUUUGACUAAUAACAUUGAUCAUAAAUAAUAUUUAAAUUAUUUAUAAUCAAUGUUAAUAAUUAAAAUAACAUAAUAUUUUUGAUGAUUUUGUUAAAAUAGUUGUAUUACUUUUUUUUAAAUUUUUUGAGUAAAAGUUAUCUCUUGUUUUGAUAAACCUA